AUGCUAUCAUCGUCCUCCCCUCUCGUUAAGCUGCCCCUCCUGCCGCGCGGCCUCCUCUCAUACCUCCCCACAUCCAUCCUCCCGAGUGGCCGCGAGAGCACUGCCACGCCCACGCCCACGCCCACCGCCGACGCAUCCUCCACGCCGCCGCCUUCUCCCAAGAGGAUGUCGUCGUCGUCUGCACAGCAGCAGCAAGCGGGGAACGGGGGGAGCAGCAGCAAGAAGUCCGACUCGGCGGAGCUGGCGCGCGUGUUCGAGCUGUUCGACAAGAACGGCGACGGGCGCAUCACGCGGGAGGAGCUUGAGGAGUCGCUGGGCAAGCUGGGCAUGUCCGUGCCAGGCGACGAGCUGGCGUCCAUGAUCGCGCGCAUCGACGCCAACGGCGACGGGUGCGUGGACGUGGAGGAGUUCGGGGUGCUCUACCGCACCAUCAUGGCCGGCGACAGCAGCGCCAACGGCAACGGCAACGGCGUCGCCGGCGCCGGGGAGGGGGAGGAAGCUGCAGGCGCGGAGGAGGACGAGGACAUGAGGGAGGCGUUCCGGGUGUUCGACGCCAACGGCGACGGGUACAUCACCGUGGACGAGCUCGGCGCGGUGCUGUCGUCGCUGGGCCUGAAGCAGGGCCGCACCGCGGAGGAGUGCCGGCGCAUGAUCGGCCACGUCGACCGCGACGGCGACGGCAGGGUCGACUUCCACGAGUUCCGCCAGAUGAUGCGCGCCGGCGGGCUCGCCACCACGCUCGGGUGA